UCUAGACGUGUACAUUCUGCACAGUGAAGCAUAGCUAGUGGAGCAGUCGACGUUCGAAGAUGUUCGUUUUUCAGUAGCUGGAAGCGGAUUCAAGAAAAAUGUUCAAAGCGUGAUUAUAUUCCAUCACAUUUUUAGUAUAUCCAGUUGUAUUUUUUUAUAGACGACAUUAAUUGUUUCACAAAAGCAAUAAUGGAACUCGUAGAAACUGAUGAGUGUAUUAUCCUUAAUACGAUAUCACCAUUGCGUAAGAUUGUGGUUGAAGCAGUAGGAGCUUCAUUUUUAUACCUGGUCACGCACACUAAACUUGAAACCCCUUUUGAGCGGAACCAGUUGCAUGGUCAAGACUCACAAUCAUCCGAUGAUGAAGAUGUCGUUGAAUAUCAAUUUGAAGAUGAUUUGGAUUAUUUGAGAUCAUUAGAUCCUAAAGAAUGGAAAGAUCAGGACCAUUAUGCUGUAUUAGGAUUAAAGAAGUUAAGGCAUAAGGCUACUGAGGAUGAUAUAAAAAGGGCUUAUAAGCAAAAGAUACUUAAGCAUCAUCCAGACAAACGUAAAGCCAUGGGAGAGGAAGUGCGAAGGGAUGAUGAUUAUUUCACCUGCAUAACGCGUGCAUGGGAAAUGCUUGGGAAUCCUGUUAAGAGACGCAGCUAUGACAGUGUUGAUCCUUGUUUUAACGAUGACUUACCAGAAGAGAAGGAUGCGAAGAGUAAUUUCUAUGAAGUUAUGGGCAAAGCAUUUGAAGAUAACUCUAGAUGGUCUGAAAAGAAGCCAGUUCCACAACUAGGUGGAAUUGACACACCGAGAGAGAAAGUUGAAAGGUUCUAUUCCUUUUGGUAUGACUUUGAAUCGUGGCGAGAAUAUUCAUAUCUUGAUGAAGAGGAUAAAGAGAGUGGUCAAGAUCGUGAUAUGCGCAAGUGGAUUGAAAAAAAAAAUAAAGCAACUCGUGCUAAACGAAAGAAAGAAGAGAUGACCCGAAUUCGAAGUUUAGUUGAUAUGGCUUAUAACUUGGAUCCCAGAAUAAAGAAGUUCCAACAAGAAGACAAGGAUAAGAAGACUGCAGUAAAACGAGCAAAGCAAGAGGCAGCGAAAGCUCGUCAGAAAGAGGAAGAAAGAUUAGCUAGGGAAGCGGCAGAAAAAGAAAGAUUAGAAAGAGAAAAGCGCGAAUCCGAAGAGAAGGCACGAAUGGAUGCACUAAAACAAGAAAGAGAAGUACAAAAGAAAGCUCUCAGAAAGGAAAGAAAAGCUUUAAGAGAUCUUUGCAAGUCCAAUGAUUACUACGCAGAGAAUCCAGCCGAGAAUAUAAAACAUAUGGAAAGUGUAGAGAAGAUUUGUGAGCUUUUUAAAUUGGCACAACUGGAAGAAGCUAUGAAAAAGCUACAAAAAGACGGCAGAGUAGCUUUUUUAAAUAUCGUGGCUGAGACUGAAGAGAAAAUUGAAGCCGAACGUAGAGCUGCUAUCUUUGGUAACGACGCUCGAAACACUCCGGAACGACAAGUUAAAACCUACACAGCGCCAUGGACCGAAAAUGAUCUACAGCUUCUUAUUAAAGCAGUCAAUUUAUUCCCUGCGGGAACAAAUCAACGUUGGGACGUCGUAGCUAAUUUUAUAAAUCAACAUGGAAAUCCUUCAAACGGUGUCAAGCGCGAUGCCAAAGAAGUCCUUGCCAAGGCUAAGGAUUUGCAAUCCACAGACUUUAGUAAAUCUAGCUUAAAGGAACAAGCCAAUAAGAAAGCUUAUGAUAAUUUUAUUGCUGAGAAAAAAUCAAAGGAAGCAAUUGAUGAGAGGAUGCCAGCCGUAACAGAAAGAUUGGAUCAUCCAGUGUCGAAUGGCAGUAUAUCAAAUUCUGCAGUGUCUGAGGAUACAAAAGAAACUAAAAAGGAGCCAGUUCCCUGGACACCGGUUGAACAGAAACUUCUUGAACAGGCUCUUAAAACAUAUCCCUCGACAGUUCCUGAUAGAUGGGAUCAGAUUGCUGGUUGUAUACCCACAAGGACAAAAAAGGAAUGUAUGAGGAGAUACAAGGAACUGGUUGAACUUGUUAAGGCGAAGAAGGCGGCUCAAGUUAUGAAAUAAUAUUGAUUUAUGAUUAAACAAAAAGUUGCCUGUAAUUUAUUGAACAAUUACCUCGAGCGCAUUUGAUGACUACUAGUUGUAGUGGUGGUUAGCUUGUUUGAAGUCUUGUUUGGAUUUUUAAGGAGCUAGCAAAAGUAUAGUUCGAAUAACCUUGUCGGCGAAUGUACAAAGUGUAUCUACGAACAUACGAGCUUUUUUAUCACCCUAUAUGCUUGUACAAUAAUAGACGAAGGAAAGAUACAGAUAUACGUGUAGGAUGAUAAAGUGAACACUUCAAUCUCUUCUUUGUGCAUUUGAUUCGUAUUUUUGGAUAGGCAUGUGCGAACGUUUACUGUCGGAUUAGCUGAAUAAGAAGUCGAUAUAAUAAUAAUAAUAAUAAUAAUA